AUGCAAACAGUUGCAGACCGCUCAGAUACUGCGACAUCGAAGAAACAAAGAGAAGACCAAGAAGACGCUGCCGAGGCCGUGACCCUGGUCAAUGAGAGAGACGAGGAAGACGAAGUAGGAGAAGAUAAGCCGACGAUAGUGGUAAAGAAAGAGGAAGCAUACGAGCAGGAGAAUGAUAAAAAGGAGGAAACAGACGAAAUGGAUCAAUGUACAGUGACUCAGAGUGGGCAUUCCAAGUUCCGGCUGCAGUAA